AUGGCAACUCAAAGAAACAUCUCAGAAUUCAUUCUUCUAGGACUCUCGUAUGACAAGAACAUACAAAUGUUUUGCUUCUUGCUCUUCUUAUUCUGUUACGUUGCCUUGCUGGUGGGGAAUGUUGUGAUCCUCAUCUCCAUUCGAUGUAGUCCUCUUUUGGACCAACCAAUGUACUACUUCCUCAGUCACUUAUCCUCCAUGGACAUCUGCUAUACCUCUAGUGUCACACCCAAAUUAAUUGGUGACCUGUUGGUAGAAAGAAAGACCAUUUCUUAUGGAAGCUGCAUGUUUCAAGUCUUUGCCAUGCACUUCUUUGGCAGUAUUGAAGUCUUCAUCCUGACUGCCAUGGCCUUUGAUCGCUAUGUGGCCAUCUGCAAACCCCUCCACUACAUGGUGAUCAUGAACAAGACAAAGUGCAACCUCCUAGUCUUAGCUACCUGGGCAGGUGGGGCUCUCCAUUCUUUCCCUCAAUUAUCUAUGACAAUUGGGUUGCCUUUUUGUGGACCUAAUGAGAUCGAUCACUACUUCUGUGAUAUUUUUCCUUUGUUAAAAGUUGCCUGUACUGAUACUUACAUAACUGGUGUUCUUGUGGUUGCUAAUUCAGGUAUGGUUGCUUUAGUUACUUUUGUUGUCUUAUUUGUUUCUUAUGUCAUCAUUUUAUUAACUCUGAGAAAUCAGUCAGUAGAGGGGAGACGCAAAGCCCUGUCUACCUGUGGGUCACACAUCACUGUGGUUAUCUUAUUUUUUGGACCUUCAAUCUUUGGAUACCUGAGACCUCCUACAACUUUCCCUGAGGAUAAAGUGUUUGCACUAUUUUAUACGAUCAUCGCUCCUAUGUUCAACCCUUUAAUCUAUACUCUGAGAAAUACAGAGAUGAAAAAUGCUAUGAGAAAAGUUUGGUGUCAAACAUUUUCAAAGGAAGAGCAUAAUUAA